CUUCAUCUCCUUCCUCAAAACUCUAAUAAAGCACUACCACCAGCACAAACACUCGCAAAAAGAGUCCCCCAAAUAGGUCCGUCUUUGUCCACCAAGGAGCAUACUAGCCGUCGUUCGCAGUCCUAUCGUCUUGCUUGAUACGCCGACAAUAUCGUCGCACUCGUGUGAAGUGUAUUUGUCGACUGCGCUGAAGUCGAAGAGCUCGUCUCCCUACGCUGCAACAAAGGUCAGAAGUCAACAGGCGCCAAGGAAGAUCAGUGCAGGCCGUAUUAGCGACGCAGUCUCAAGCGCUUCUGAGGUCUUCCAGCAAGGGAAGAUUGGUUCUGCCCACAUCCAACACAUACCCUGCUUCGAUUCUAAUAACCUUUAUCAACGACAUGGAACAACCACACCAUCCACAACCACUAGAGUUGCGCCAUCUGACAGCCGCAAAGCUGCUUGACCCCGACGACCUGCGCAUAGGCACCGACUUCCGUCUCGACGGCCAAGUAGGCGACCUAGCUGAAGAGAGUAUACCAAACUACGACGAGUCAUGGGACACCGACAGCGUCGAAAUGGGGCAUAUGGGCGGCGGCGGGGGCAAGCGGAGCGCUCGAACGUCCCCAUUAAGAGGGACGGCGGUCGUCGCAUCAGAUUUAGGGUUGAGACGAACACCGAACGGGACGGCGGGGGAGGAGAACCCUAACGGGAGCGGGCCCACCAUCUCCGAGCGAACAUCAUCAACAGUAACAGCAGCCCCCGCCGCCGAACUAGCCGUCCCCAAAACCCGCGAAGACUCCCUCACCCAGUUCCCCGAAAUGGGCCGACCAUCCCUCUACCUCCCCCCCGGCCCCGUCGCCUACAAACAGCUCUCCUUCGACGACGACCACGACGACCACGAUCUGGUCGUAAUGGGCGAGUCCGAUAUCGAUAUCCAUUCGCCGAAUGGCGAGGAGAUACAUUCAUGGGCGCAUCAGAAUGGGAGGGGAGGGGAGACGUGGUUUUCGAAGCAGUGGAGGGGAAUGUUGCAGAUGAUUUGUGCGGCGCCUUGUAAUCAGUGAUUGAUUUGGGUUUCGGAUGGGAUGUAUGAGCGGACUUGGCGCAAUCCGUGAAACUGUUGAUAUUGUCGCUGCCACACCCCUAGUUUCUUAUCCUUCUUACCUUGUACCAUAGUUUUUUUGACACCAAUAUGACUCGGCUGCAUCCUUGACGGAUGUGAUUUUCAGUUUGCUUACCGGCUUUCGUUUGUGAAACAGUUUUCAUUGUACACGAAGUGCGUUAUCAAUGCUGAUACCCUCGACAUGUA